CCUCUGGGUAGGUAGGUUUGGAAAACUUGUUUAUUAGAAUUGGGGGCUAAAAAAUCACAAAUUUUAGCAAAAGUAGUGAAACACAUCAUAUGAACUUUAAAUGGAUAAGAAAAAGAAGGCAAAAUUAUGCCUAAAGUUGUGGACUCGUACUCGUACACGUAAUUAAGAAACGACAUGUCACUCUUACAAGGCCAGUCCUAAAACCCUUAUGCGACAUCGUUUAUGCAUCCAGGUCCCUGUCUUCUCUCUCUGAACCAUCGCCUUCUUCUUCGAACGGAUCAGAUUUCUCACGGCGGCACUUCCCUCUCUGUACUCCCACCGUCACUGCCACCGAAAUGUCGGAUCAAUCUCCUCCUCCCGCCGGCGAGUCUAAGUCCCGUCCCGUCGGUGGCACCGAACACAGCUGGUGUCGCGCCGUCCCCGGCGGCACCGGCACCACCGUCCUCGGCCUACUCCUCUCAAAACCUCCCGAUAUUCCCCAUCUCCAAUCCUCCCUCCACACUCUCCAAAACCUCCACCCAAUCCUCCGCUCCAAAAUCCACCACGAUCCUUCUCGACGAGAUUUCUCCUUCCUCAUUUCUCCUUCUCCGCCGCUCCACCUCCAGAUCCUCGACCUCCCCGCCACCGCACGCGCUAUCGCCUCUCAUCCCGAUGCCAACGAUCCUUCCGUCUCCGAUUUCCACAAGAUCCACGAGCAAGAAAUCAACAGCGCCACGUGGUUCGAUCCAAACCAUCCGUCGUAUUCCGACACUGACGUGAUGUUCGCUACCGUCUACACUAUGAGCGACAGCCAAUGGGCGAUAUUCCUCCGCCUCCACACGGCGACAUGCGAUCGUGCCGCGGCGGCGGCACUGUUAAGAGAACUGCUCGUACUAACGGCGACCGGAGGAGAAAUAGAAGGCGGAGGAUUUGAAAUUGGGGAUAAUGGUGAGAUUGGAUUAGGGAUUGAAGAUCUAAUCCCUAAUGGUAAAGCGAAUAAAUCUCUGUGGGCGCGUGGAUUAGACAUGCUUGGUUACUCAUUGAAUUCGUUCCGAUUAGCGAAUUUGGAAUUCAAAGACGCUAAUUCUGAGAGAUUUUCUCAAAUGAUUAGGUUGAAGAUGAACUCCCAUGAGACUCAGAAACUUCUCGCUGGCUGCAAAUUGAGAGGCGUUAAGUUGUGUGGAGCUCUAGCAGCUGCUGGAUUGCUUGCUACUCGUUGUUCUAAGGACCUUCCUCUUCACCAGAAGGAGAAAUAUGCUGUUGUUACCCUCAACGAUUGUCGUUCCCUCCUUGAUCCUCCCCUUACAAGCCACCAUUUAGGAUUCUAUCACUCUGCCAUCCUCAACACACAUGACAUAUCAGCUGAAGAUACACUAUGGGAAGUGGCAAAACGAUGCUAUUUUUCCUACUCAAACGCCAAAGACAACAACAAGCAUUUUUCAGACAUGUCUGACUUGAACUUCCUCAUGUGCAAAGCAAUUGAAAAUCCCGGCCUCACUCCAUCUUCAUCCAUGAGAACCGCCCUCAUCUCGGUCUUCGAAGACCCCAUCAUCGACACUUCCGGUCCCGAGCAGCAGAACCUCGGCCUACACGACUACAGUGGCUGUGCCUCUGCACAUGGUGUCGGGCCAUCGAUCGCCUUAUUUGAUAUGAUUCGUGACGGUCAGUUGGAUUGUGCUUGUGUGUAUCCGUCGCCUUUGUUUUCCCGAGAUCAAAUGAACCGAAUUUUCGAUGAGAUGAAGAAAAUUUUGGUGAAUAAUGCUAUGGAAGUAGUUGAAGGCUAAGAAUUUAGCUUGGUUUGGAAAUGUUAUGUGCCGUUGUGUAAUUUUAUGAUUCACAUCGACGCUCUUUUGCUUCAUAAUUAGAAAAUAAAAACGGAAUUUUAGAAGGUUUUAGGGUAA